AUGGCAGCCACCAAUGAAGCCUAUUUUGGGGAAGGCACCGGCAACAUCCUCCUAGAAAAUGUUCAGUGCAAAGGGAAUGAAUCAUCUAUAGAAGAGUGCGCCCAUUCAGGCUGGGGAAUUCAUCGUUGUGGCCACAAGGAAGACGCUGGUGUCAUUUGCUCAGAACGGAAUACAACAUGUGUGAAAACACUGACAAAAAGUUUUCAAGCAAUACCAAUUCAACUCAACGCAAAUGAAAAUUGCAUCUGGGAAAUAAAGGGAGAAAGCGAUACAAAUCAAACCAUUCGACUAAUUUUUUCUUACAUUGAAUUUAGCCCACUGUCCUCAUGUGACGAAGAAUACAUUGAAAUAUAUGAUGGUCCCUCAACUAAUUCAUCUGUCAUAGGAAAAAUAUGUCGUACUAAAGAAUCAGCAUUUCACUCAUCAGCUUCGGCUUUAACAUUUCGCAUAUCAACAGCUUCCACGAAUUUUACACGAAAGAUCUAUGCGCUUUAUUACUAUAUUUCACCAGAUACACCCAGAUGUGGAGGUUACCUUACUGGCCCAGAAGGAACAUUCACCAGCCCGAAUUACCCAAAGAAACAUCAACCCAUGACAUAUUGUGUCUGGCAUAUAGAAACAAAACCAUAUACCCAAAUAAAUUUAAUUUUCAAGGACAUACUGAUAGAAAUGGAUGAGAACUGCAGAUUUGAUUUUGUCGCCAUUUUUGAUGGUCCAACGUCCGAUUCUCCUUUAAUCAAAAAAGUGUGCGGUUAUUUAACGCCAACAUUUAAGUCUUCAUCUAACGCUAUGACAAUUGUGCUGUCUACGGACUAUGCUAAUUCUUACCGGGGGAUUUCAGCUCGCUACACAACUACACCAAUAUCACAACCGAACACAUCCCUCAGUUGUUCUUCAGACAGGAUGACAAUUACUCUCAGCGACUUUUACUUGGCUUCUCUCAACUAUAAUGCAAGUUUCUUAUAUCUGAAUGACCAAACUUGCAAGCCUAUUUCCUACAAUCCAGUGGUAUUUUCUUUUCCAAUCAACAGCUGUGGAACAAUUAAAAAGACUGAAGGUCAAAGCAUCACCUACAGCAAUAUUGUAACUGCCUUGCCAGCGGGCGUUAUAAUCACCCACCAAAAGAAAGUUGAAAUUGUUGCAAAAUGUAUAAUGGAAAACAAUUCAACGGUAGAAGUUGUGUAUGUAACAGAAAGUGAACAUUUAGACAACACAACGGCUGUAGGUAGAUACAAUCUCAGCAUGUCGUUCUAUGAAACAGACUCCUUCUCCAAACCCAUAGUUGAAACUCCCUACUUUGUCGACUUGAACCAAAUGCUCUAUGCACAGAUCAGCCUACAUUCCAGUGAUCCAAAUCUGGUAGUAUUUGUGGAUACUUGCACUGCAUCUCCAGAUCUUAAUUCUAAAUCACCAAAAUAUGAUUUAGUUAGAACUGGAUGCACUAAGGACGAUUCUUUUAUGGCCUAUCCCAUCCUUGAGCAUUAUGGAAGAUUUAGGUUCAGAUCCUUCAGAUUUCUAAAACAUUACCCAUCAGUUUAUCUUCACUGUGAAGUUUUAAUUUGCGACAGCAAGAAUUCUAAUUCUCGCUGCACCAAAGGUUGCAUUUCUAGGCAUAAGAGAGGGAUUUCCUCCUACAAAUGGAAAGGCGAUGCAGUGAUUGGACCCCUCAGACUGAAAGGAGAAGAAAGUUCCAUGGAUCGAUCAGGUGAGAAUGUUUUCUUGGAACUGACUACAUUAGUAGAUUUAACAGGUUUCAUUGGCAACCGUUUAAGAGCACCUUCAGUAUUAUAAAUAGCAAGCAAAUCAUGCUACCAUUGAACUGCAGACAAGCAGAACUGCCAGUACUCCAUCUCUAGCCAAUCAAUCAAAAUACUGGUUAAAAAAAGGAAUUUUUUAGCCAACAAUUUUCAAGAUUUUAUUUUAAAAGUAUUGUUCCAUGAUUUUGGAAUUUGCAAAGACCUCGUAACCUCCUUUUGUCUUCUGUUUUGUUUUUUUUAUAUUCAGCCAUUUCUAGUGAGGUUUAUCCAGAAGGAAGUCUUAAUGCACAGCCCCAAAUCCUAUAUAUCCUUGCAUUCGUUGUGUUGGCCGCAAACACAGUACUCCUGGUUGGUCUAGCAGCAAAGCGGCUCAUCGCUCGAGAAACCGGAUACAGAUACCAGAAACUGAGUCACUAACAAGGAUCUUCAUCUGACUGUUUCACAUCUACAGAGAUAUGAAUGGAAUGUUCUGUUGUCUUUCCAUGAUUUUUCUCUUAAAAGGACAAUUUCAAUUAAAAUAAAUGAAUUAAACAGCAUUAAACUCAUCUGGAAGGGAAAUAGCCAAAUACAAAACA